UUUCAGAAGCGACGAGACCACCGUGUUAGUUUAGCCAAAGGUGGAAUGGCUCACCUUAAUAUGUUCAAUCACCUCAUUCCAUUAGAAAUGGAUAUGGAUGGAGCAGACGAAGAAAAACGACAACGAGUUUUUUCAUCUUUUUACCACUUUGGUGCUAGGCUUUACGAUUGCCUUCACACAAUUGCCAUCGAAAUCGAAGACGAUGACUGUGAGCAUUUUCCGACAAAAGCCAUCUCAACUGUUCUCAAAAUUCUCAAUUUUGAGCAUUUCCUCUCAUCGGACAAGUGUCGAUUUCCCCCGGUCUCCAACCUUCUCGAUAUAAUUGAGAGUCGACAAAUGGAUGAUUGUCAAAUCCUUUUUAAAAUAUCCGACCUUCUUGAAGAUCAUAAAAGUGAAAAACCUGAAAGAUUUGGACCGUACAACCCUUUGGAUCCCAAAAAGGUUCCAAUCAAAAAUGCUGUCGAUGCACUUACCUCGGUUUCCUCGAUGGCUUACUCCUUUCUUGCCACUACAUUCGCCGAAGAAUUAAUGAAAGCAGCGAUUCGUGAUAUUUAUGUUUUUGACGAAGAUUCGCUUGAAGACAACGAUGAAACCCAACUCAGCGACGAGAAUGGUGUAUUCGAUUCCACACCUUCGAAUAACGAGAAAAAAGAUUCGAUAAUCAAUUUUCGUCAACUUCCUUCCAUUGAUAGUCAAAUUGUUCAGCAAAAUGCAAUGCUUCUUCUUGCAGCUCGAGUUGGUAUUGAACAAUUUGUUGAGUAUUCUCACGAAAUUGGAGUUAUGCAGUUUCGUGGUGAUAAACUAUCAAAAAUCACUCCUCUAAUGGAAGCGGCUGCAAGUUCCAGUGAAACUAUUGUUCGACGACUUCUUGAAUUGGGCGCCGAUCCGAAUGUUGCGUCGAUUCCAAACUGUAAUACGGCACUUAUUUAUGCAGCAUCAACAGAUGGAAGAGAUGUUGUACGAGAGAUUUUAAUGACGGAAGGACCCAAGAAGCCAGAUGUUUAUCUUAUCAAUAAUCAUUAUCAUGAUGCAAUGAUGGAAGUUGCACUUGUUGGUGGAACGGAUACUUUGAAAGAAUUCUUGGAAAUGGGUUAUAGGCCUCGAUUUCUUAAUCUUCGACAACAAGAACGAGAUUCGGCUCUGACUCUUUCCGCUCAAAAAGGUCACAUUAAAAUCGUCACCGCAAUUAUGGAUUACUACGAAAAGAAUCCGCCACAAACGGAAGAAGAAAAACAAGAGUUAUGCCUCGAACGUUAUUCUGCUCUGAUGGAAGCAGCAAUGGAAGGCCACAUCGAUGUGUGUAAACUUAUGCUUUCACGUGGAACUCCUGCUGAUCUAUGCACAGAAGUCACAAUUGAGCCGAGCCCUUUGAUUGUUGCAAGUGCUGGCGGAUAUCCAGAAGUUGUAGAAGUUCUCCUCGCAGCUGGUGCCAAGAUUGAAGAGCUCAGUAAUAAGAAGAAUACGCCUUUGAUGGAAGCGUGUGCUGGCGAUCAAGGUGAUCAAGCUGGUGUGGUCAAGUUAUUGUUAUCCAAGCAUGCUGAAGUUGAUGUUUCAAAUCCAGACACAGGAGAUACACCGUUAUCUUUAGCUGCAAGAAAUGGUUACAUUGCAAUUAUGAAGAUGCUCAUAGAAAAAGGAGGAGACUUAACUGCUGGAAAGACUUCACCAAUUGUUGAAGCCGCUCGAAAUGGUCAUUUAGAAUGUAUUCAAUUCAUAUUAGCCCAUUGUAAAACAAUUCCUCAAGAUCAACUCAGUAGAGCUCUCGUCUCUGCAGCUGAUUUUGGAUCUCUGUUAAUUGUGGAAGAAGUGAUUCGUGCUGGAGCCGAUUUAAACUUUGAACAAGACGAACGAACUGCGUUGAUGAAAGCGGCAAAAGGAGAUCACUUCGAAGUUGUUCAAUUAUUGCUUAGUAAAGGAGCAUCUGUAAACUUUAAAUCUUCCAAAAACGAUGCAACUGCUUUAUCAUUGGCGUGUAGCGAAGGAAAUAUGGAGAUUGCUGAGUUUUUGAUUCGAAACGGCGCAGAUCCUAUGCUCAAAAUGGACGACGGAGUUAAUUGUUUUAUGGAGGUUGCUAGACAUGGAAGUAUUGAUUUGAUGAGUCUUCUUGUUGAAUUUACUAAAGGAAAUAUGCCAAUGGACAAAGAUCCUCCAAAGCUUGGAAUAACUAGAUGCAGUAGUAAAAAUGGGAAGAAAAGAAGGAAGGGAAUGCCAUCGGGACAGGAUAUGUUGUCAAUGUUCAAUGGAAUGUAUCCAAAAAGAAAAGGAAGCAAGCAAAUGGGUCUUCAUGAAAUGCCAUUUUCAACUCAAGAAAUUGACAUGCUCACUCAUCUUCUCAAAAUGCAACAACAAAUGGUUGCUUACGAAACGCACAAAAGCACUGAAACAGAGACGGCCGAAAUCAAAAAAGUCCUUCGAGCAAUCGAAUCAGUGUAUGGAUUCACAAGUGAAGGAAAAAUCAAUUUUCCUCCUCCACCAAAUCGACAAGAUAUGGACAAGCUAUAUAACGGAGAACUCGUUCCGAAUAUAAAGUUAUGGGCUGAACUUGUAUCUCAUGGCUGGUUGGAAAUGGAAAGAAAAAUUGGAAGACCAAUUGAGCUUUCCUCGUUCCAACAAUGUAAUGAAGGCCACUCUACAAAUGCUGCAGCUGCAGUAUCAGCUGUUGCUGCAGCAGCAACUGGAAUGGACAGUCAGACGUACUUGGCAUCUGUUUUUGCGAAAAUGAAUAAUGGUGAAGAGAUGCCACGUGUUCCAGCUACAGUUGGAUCAUUGAAUGCGGCUAGUGCAGCUAUGACAGGAAUCAGCUUCCAUUCUGAUGAUGCCAUGCGAUUGUUUGGUGGAGCAUCAUUUGCAACUAAAUUGCUCUCUGACAACAAGAAACCAUGCAAUCAUCAGCAAUAUGCAUCCAUUCAUCACAUUCAAGAAGGAGCUUUUCGUGCCGCCCUUAUCAAAAUGAGCUCAAUGUUCAGAGAAAGAAAUGGCUGUGCGAUCAGCGUUCGAGAUAUGGAGUCGAAUUUUCCAAUUGAGCAUCAAGAGGAACGUUUUGGACCAUCGAAACCAAUUCCAUCUGGUCCAAAGAAGACUAGUCUGACUGCUCCAAACCCAGCUGAUACAUCGGACGUGACAACAAAACAACCUGGAGCUAUGAAGAAAGAUGGAUUGGAGGCGAAGAAGAUAUAUCCUGGAAUCAUAAAGCUUGCAGCUGAAAUGGAGAAGCUAUUUCGAGCAAAUCCGACUGAAUCAAACCGAGACUUGGCUCUUACAACGGCCUACAUUGCUAGUGCAUUGCCUGAUCAUUUUUGUUCAGAGUUACAGUUAGAAUCUGGUGAUCGAAUUCUCAAAAAACUGCUUUCGGGUUUGACGGAGAAGCAGAAAAAUACUGUUAUUUCUCGGAUGAGGAGCGUAGUCAACAAAGAAUCCGGUAGCUCUCUCCUGCGACGUUCCGUUGAUAAUUUGACCGACAAAAGAAUCAAGGAAGACUAUUUAAAGCUCUUCCGAGAUUCGACAGACUGCGCGUUCUAUGACAAGUGCGUGCAGGAAAAGAAUCAUCUGUUAAAAGCUAUCGAGAUACAGAAGAAAGGAAAAACAUCAUCAGGGACACUGAUCUCUACUAGCUCAAAAUCUCUGAUGGCAAAGUCAGUCCAAUCGCAACAGCAACAAGGACAGCUCAGACGGACACAUUCGGAAGGUGAUGGAGCUGAACGCGCAAAAUCCCGGUCAAAUGCAAUCGACAAGGCUACGGAAACAACGUUGGAAACUCCGUUGACUAUAGCAUGUGCCAAUGGUCACAAAGAUAUCGUCGAAUUAUUGCUAAAAGAAGGAGCCAAUAUCGAGCAUCGCGAUAAAAAAGGAUUUUCUCCGCUCAUAAUUGCUGCUACUGCCGGUCAUUCUUCGGUAGUUGAAGUUUUGCUUAAAAAUCAUGCUGCCAUUGAAGCACAAUCGGACAGAACAAAGGACACAGCUCUUUCAUUAGCAUGUUCUGGAGGUCGCAAGGAUGUUGUGGAACUAUUGCUUGCACAUGGCGCCAACAAAGAGCAUCGAAAUGUCAGUGACUAUACUCCAUUAUCGCUAGCUUCAUCCGGAGGAUAUAUUGAAAUAGUCAACAUGCUUUUGACUGCCGGAUCCGAGAUCAAUUCGAGAACGGGAAGCAAAUUGGGCAUCUCGCCCCUGAUGCUGGCCUCAAUGAAUGGACAUAGAGAAGCGACGCGGGUUCUACUUGAGAAAGGAAGUGAUAUCAAUGCUCAAAUCGAGACAAAUAGAAACACUGCGCUGACACUCGCCAGUUUCCAAGGUCGUACGGAAGUUGUGAAACUUCUUUUGGCAUACAACGCGAAUGUCGAGCAUCGUGCAAAAACUGGUCUCACACCAUUAAUGGAGUGCGCGAGCGGUGGUUACGUGGAUGUCGGAAAUCUGUUGAUUGCAGCUGGCGCUGAUACAAACGCGUCUCCUGUUCAACAAACCAAAGACACUGCAUUAACUAUAUCAGCAGAGAAAGGACAUGAGAAAUUUGUGCGAAUGUUGCUCAAUGGGGAUGCUGCUGUUGACGUUCGAAACAAGAAGGGAUGCACAGCUCUCUGGCUCGCAUGCAACGGAGGCUAUCUUUCGACUGCACAAGCAUUAUUAGAAAAAGGAGCUGAUCCCGAUAUGUUCGACAAUCGAAAAAUAUCGCCAAUGAUGGCCGCGUUUCGGAAGGGACAUGUGGAAAUUGUAAAGUAUAUGGUAAACUCGGCCAAGCAGUUUCCAAAUGAACAAGAUCUGAUUCGUGCUCAACAAACAGCUGAAACAGAUGAUAUCAAAAAGAAGUGUGGAGAAUGUAUUGAUAUUAUUCGAUCAGCCAAAAAAGCACAAGCUGAAUCGGCAGAGUUGGCUGCGCAAAAAUUAUUGGAACUCAUUGAUGAGGAAAAAGUUCAAAAGGAGGUGAAAAAGCAAAAACAGAAGGAUAAGAAGAUCAAGAAGAAGGAGGAGAAAAAGAUCAAGAAACAAGAAGCGGAGCCGGAACCUGAACCUGAACCUGAACCGGAACCAGUUCCUGAGCCUGAGCCUGUUGUAAUUUCUGAACCUGUUCCGGAACCAGUACCUAUUGUCGUUGAAGAACCCCCAAAAGAACCACCAAAGCCAAGAAGAAAUCGAAGAAAGACAAAUCCGGAUGGCGUACCGAAAGGACCAAAAGUUGUUGUUGAACCAAAGGCAUCAAUUGCUGAAGAACCGUCUGAAAUGCCAUAUGAACCUAUCGUCGUCACAAUCCCUCCCCCAGCUAAGAUUCAUGCUCCAAUGGUUUCUCCAGGAUCGUAUUCUGAAUCAGAAGAGUGGUGUAAAGCUGGAAAAGAGGGCAAAAAAGUGAAGUCUUCUAAGAAAUCUGGUUAUGGAGCUCCUUCGAGUGCUGGAUCGAGUCAGGCUAAAGAAUCAUCGACAACUUCAAGCGUUAUAUCUGAUCAAACGCCACCAUAUGAAAUUGACACGAGAAAUGAGAGCAGUUGGAAGCUUACGAUUCCCGCUUAUGCUGCAUCACGAGUGAUUGGAAAAGGCGGAUCGAAUGUUAAUGCUGUUCGCGAAGCAACUGGAGCCAUCAUCGAAAUCAAUAAAAUACAGGAAUCCAACAAACAAGCUGAAAGAACAGUUCUAGCAAAAGGAACACCAGAAAUGGUGAGAUACGCGAUGAACAUAAUCAAUUAUAUGAUAUAUGAUGCCGAUGUCUUGGUCACCGAUGCAAUUCGGACAGUUCUUCGCGGCAAUUUGUCAGUUGCUUCGUCAUUUUCAUCUGAAGGUACAUCGAAGAGUGCAGUUGAUUCGACUUAUGCUCCAUCAUCCAUUCCAAAAUCUUUAUCUUCAGCAAGCAUUGCUCGUCAAUCUGCCUCACCUAUUCCACAACAAUCGUCUCAGAGAUCCGCUAAAUCACACCAUCAUCAGAAGGACUCGGGUGGCGGUAAUGUGUGGCAUCAAAGAAUGGCAGCACGAGAAGAGAAAGUUGAGCCCUUAAUGGAAACGAAACGAAUUUCACAGUCACCGAAGCAAGCUCCACAAAUUCCAUCUACGCAGCAGCAAUCAAAGUUACAAUCCCGGCAGGAUCAAGCGUCUGAGACUCUUGUUCGAGUUGCUCCUGCAGAGAACUUUGUUGCUCCAGUGCCCGCUUCUUCAAUUGCAGCUCCAUCGAGACCCAAUCAAAAUGUUCUUGAUCGUGUUAUUGCUCCAUCACUCCGGAGAGAGCCAACCACAACUCCUCUGAUUCAACCAGUUCAUCCAGUUCAAUCUGUUCAAUCUGUUCAACAUAUGCAACAGCAACAGCUAGCGCGACCAGAACAAAAGCUUGCUCAGCCAUGUCUUCCAGACCCAAUUGGUCAGCGAUACUCGCAACCAAUUUCACGACCACAAUCAUCGGUUCAAGUUUCGCAGUCUUCUUUCUCCAAAGCACCCGGAACUCGCCCUUCAACUGAUUUCUCUCGUGCUCCUGGUCCACCACAGCAACAACAGACUCAAAACAAUAUGACUACAGCUCGAAACGAAUUGUUUGAUGAACAACUUGCUUUUGGUCAAUUCAAACCGACUGGAAUGAAUUCUGUUGCUACCGUAAUCCCUGCCAAACCUUCAGUAAAUAAUCAAAACGACGACAAAAAUGGAAACAGUGAUGACUUCGAUUUUUCCAAAAUGAGAAUGUUUGAUGAAGGCAAAGUCGGGAACAUAUGGGGAAAAUCAGAUGAAGAUUCAGCUUGGGGAGGAUUGUUUUCUCAAUUCCUUCCACAAUUGGGUGCCAAUUCGAGUUUGAACAAUUCCAACUCAAAAAAUGAUUCAUCGAAUGAAUGGGGACAAAACGAGUUCAUAUCGCAGCUUCUUAUUAACUCAUCACUUCCUAAUGCUACUUCGAGUCCACAAGGUGCUUCAACCAUAUCAUCAGCACCAGUGCAGCAGCCAUCUACGUCUUCUGUUACUACUGGAUUAUCUUCUUUGGAACUGAAAGGUUGGAUGCCAGCCUCAUUUGCACCGUCUGCUCGUGAUCCGAAUAGAUCUCAACCACCCCUGUUUGCAAGAUCUCAAUCGAAUUCUGUUGCUAAUAGCACUUCCACGAAUAUUCAACAGCAACAACAACAGCAAAUUCAACACCUUCAACAGCAGCAAGCACUACAACAACAACAGCAAAGGAUUCAGCAAUUCCAGCAACAAUACCAACAGCAUCAGUCUCAAAGUUCUCAGCAACCAAGUGACUUGAUGUCUUCAAAGUUUUCAAUGCUACAAUCACAACAACAGCAGCAGCAACUUUACAAUCAGAUGCAGUCGCUAGGUCAAGAUGGACAGGGAUCCAAUCUGUAUAACCAUCUUGCCGCCCAAUUAUUGACUCAUCAAGAGAGUUCUACAGGAGCACCUGGUCCAACAAGUAGUCAACUUGCAAAUAGCUACUAUCCAUCACCUUCGUAUACGGAUGCCAGUGUUUUAGGGCAAAUUAGCAUGCCGUCAUUGUCACAGAGAGGAAUAAAGCAAUUUGAUGGAUUUAAUAAUGACUCUGAUGGCGUUAUUGCUGCUAUUCUCGAGCAACAACAACAACAGAAGAAACAAGGACUCGCACAACAAUCGUUCAUGCAUAACUCUCAACAGCCACAGCCGUUCGGAGCUCCCAGCAACGCUUCUGCAAAUCAAUCGCGACUCGGAAUGAUCCAACCUCGGCCCCAACCGCCACCAUUUGUUGCUCCACAAGCUCCACCUGGAUUCUCUUCUCUUGGAAAUGCAUCUUCCACGACGAACCCAUCUCGAACUUCUAUGCAGCAAAUGUAUCAGCAAUACGGACAGAGUUCACAGCAACAGCCUUACGGUCAGAUGCCUCAAGCAAUGGAUUGGAACCGACUUGGACAGCAACAGCAGUCUGCAUCUGGCCAACAAAAUCAUCAGUCAUCCUCGUCAAAUAAAUGGUCUUCCAACUGGUAGAUAUCGCUCACAAAAUCGUCUUCUUGUCAAUUAGUCCCCCCUCCCCUCAUAAUAAUUCGGUGUUUACUUGUUUUUUAUUCAACCGUGAAACAAUAUGUCUUCCCGGUUGAAUUGCAUCCAUUUUUCUUUAUUUCGUCUCCUCGUUCCGGGUUUUGUAACACUUUUUCUUCAUUUUAAAUCUAGCCUUUUUUGGUCCAUUUUUUCUUUCAACUCUCAAAUGUUCGAUCUUUCCCAUCCCUAGCAAGUGUUUUCUUGCGAGCUCAGCCUUGUGGAAAUUGUACUCUUCUGUCCAAAUUAUUCCCGUUUACCCAUUUUUUGUUCUUUUUAUAUCUCCCCCGACAUACUACUUCUUUUUUUUCGGUUAUUUUUCAAGUCUUCCAACACAACACAUAUGUAUUUGAGACGGAUGUCAAAUGGUCCCAACUUUUUCUUCCCUUUAUUGAAAAGUGUGUCUUAUUUUUCACUUUUGAUGUUUUACUCGUUGUUUCAUAUGAAACCUGGGCAUUUAUUUCAUUGCUAAUUAAUUAUGACUUUCUUCGCUUUAUGUUGAUCCAUGAAUCGUGAUUCUUGAAAGUA